AAGUUAUUGAAAAUAUGUCAGGUAGUUAACUUCCUUUUCCGUUGUAUUCUUCUAGCAGGAGUGGACGUGUCGAAAGUUUUAAAAUGGGACGCCGACCAGCAAGAUGUUAUCGAUACUGCAAAAAUAAGCCGUACCCAAAGUCCAGAUUUUGUCGRGGUGUGCCAGACCCCAAAAUCCGUAUAUUCGAUUUGGGCAGGAAAAAGGCUUCAGUUGAGGAUUUUCCUUUGUGUGUUCACUUAGUAUCAGAUGAAUAUGAGCAACUUAGUAGUGAGGCGUUGGAGGCUGGUCGCAUUUGCUGCAACAAGUAUUUAGUAAAAUACUGCGGUAAAGAUCAGUUCCACAUACGUAUGCGUCUACAUCCAUUCCACGUGAUUCGAAUUAAUAAAAUGUUGUCAUGUGCUGGAGCGGAUAGGCUUCAGACUGGAAUGCGUGGAGCUUUUGGAAAACCACAGGGAACAGUCGCUCGUGUUCACAUCGGCCAGCCAAUAAUGUCGGUUCGCUCCAGUGAUCGUUAUAAGGCUCAAGUUGUUGAAGCCCUCCGCCGUGCCAAGUUUAAGUUUCCAGGACGUCAAAAGAUUUACGUAUCAAAACGAUGGGGUUUCACUAAGUAUGACCGUGACCGCUAUGAACAACUUCGUGAUGAAAAUCGUUUAGAACCAGACGGGUGCAAUGUAAAAUAUCGUCCAGAGCAUGGCCCUAUAGCAGCGUGGGAGAAAGCACAACGCGAGGUUUAUGCUUAAAAAUGUAUAAACAAUGAAAUGAUGGUUAAUAAAUAUAGUCUAACCUAUUUAAUAAACUUA